GCUUCCAUUAAUUUCAUUGCAUCGCAGGAUGACAACAAAUCACCAAAGCCACCUUCACCACCUUCUCCUGACGAGAUCCCCUUCAACGUCAAGCAGGCAUACAAGACCUUUGCAGCAGUGCCCUUGUCACAUCCUCUGCUUGAGACACAGGAAUUGCCUGGUCAGACCAGCACAGAGAAACCCAAAAGUGCCCAGGAGGGGCCGUGGCCGAGCGGGCUGCACAGCCCGGAGCAGCGCUCCUUCCGUGAGAGACAGAAGUAUUUUGAGAUCGAGGUGAAGCAGCAGCAGAUGGAUAAGCCUCCGAAGCGCGUCUCCUUGGUAGGAGAGGAUGACCUGAAGAAGAUGAAGGAAGAGGAAGCCCGAAAACUGCAGCAGAAACGUGCCCUUCUCUUGGAAGAAGAAGGAGAAGAGGAUGAGAUGGUAAAACAGGCACCCGAUAUGAGCCUGCAGUCCAGUGUCAUCAUCGAGGGAAUUGAGUACAAGAUUGAGAGGCUAAAUGGAAGGAGCCCCCAGGCCCCAGCAGCUCGACUCUCUGAAGCCAGUGAGAACAGCAGCUCCCAGAGGAAUUCGCUGGAAGAGGGAAUGAAGUCAGAACAAAGAACCAACUCUGUGUCUGGGUUGAGUCCAGUGUAUCUUGGAGCAGGGGAUCCGGUGGCACCUGUGAGGACAGCCAAAGCUGAACGGCGUCACCAAGAGCGGCUGCGGAUGCAGAGUCCUGAGCUCCUGAGCAGCCAGGAGAAGGAGCUUUCUCCAGCAGAGCGCCGUGCGCUGGAGGCAGAGAAACGGGCCAUGUGGAGGGCAGCACGAUCCUCAGCUCUUGAAGACAGUAUUAAACAGUACGAGCAGGAUCUGGCCAGGAAGUUGUACCAGUCCCGGCAGUGGGCGGCUGCUCCUGGGGCCAGGCCAGCUCAGAUGCCUAGUCCAAGGCAGAGUCACGUCUCCAGAACCCUGGGGUCAGGAAGCCAAUCCAGGAUGAAGUCACUUGAACAGGACGCUCUUAAAGCCCAAAUGGUUAUUGCUAAAUCCAAGGAGGGAAAAAAACGCAGCACUCUGGAGCAGCUGGCAGAGUCACCUUCACCUGCUCCUACGCCGUCGCCAACACCGCUCGAAGACUGCAGUCCCAGGAAUGUCACUUCUCCAGGAAGGCUGUCCCUGUCCGAAAAGAAGUUUGACUACCGGGAGUUUGCUGCCAUCCCUUCUUCCAAACCUGUGUACGAAAUCCAGUCACCUGAUGCAGCUGAUGAUCACAGAUACAUAGAUGACAGAAAUAACUCAGUUCUCCAGGAGCAGGACGGGCAGCAAGAGGACGAGGAAAUGUUACUAACACACGAUUCAUCAACGCCAACUGCAUCAGCACUUGAGGAAAUGGCUCUGUACAGCAGCAAGCGCAAGCUGCGGCACAGCCGGCGCAGCCUGGAGGCUGCCGUCCCCACGUAGGGACUGCGGCACCUGGGCA